AUGUUGCGCCGCCGGGAGGAGGUUGGCACGGUUGGUUGGUUCCACGGGAAGAACCCCGCCAACAUGGUUUGGUACACCGAGGUCCCGGCGCCGGGGAGGAAGUGCCGGGGCUUCCAUGAUUCCCCCAUCAUCGGAAGCGCGUGGACCAGGAUACCAGCUAGCGGGCAAGGUGUUUGGCUGCGGGGUUCGGCCGGGCUGUGCACCUGCCCAGGUGCCCCGGUGUUCAGAUCCGGACGGAGCGGCGGAGGGGCAGGGGUGAACUAG